CUUCUUCGCUGUCCCCACUCUCCCUCGGCGAGCAGCUGGGGCGCGCGGACCGCCGGACUGACGGGCCCCGGUGCCAGCCGCGCGGCUGGGAGGGUGCGGGCACAGAGCGUCGCGGGCCAGCCCCAGCCCUCCGCAGCCCGUCGUGCCCCGCCCCGUCCCGUCGGGGCCGAUGGCUCCUCCCGAGGCCCGCAGCCCGGGGGGCGCAGGGUAGAGCGCCGCGGCCGGGCCACGCAGCCUCGGGACUCCCGGGCCCCCCCGGAGCCCCGCGGAGUCCCCGCCGUCCGUCCGGCGGGCUCAGGGAGCGAGUGGGAGCGCCCUCCCCCCGCCGCCCCUCCCCCGAGCGUCGAGACAAGAUGCUGCCCGGGCUCAGGCGCCUGCUGCAAGGUCCCGCCUCAGCCUGCCUGCUGCUGCUGCUCCUGGCCCUGCCCCCCGCAGCCCCCAGCUGCCCCAUGCUCUGUACCUGCUACUCGUCGCCGCCCACCGUGAGCUGCCAGGCCAACAACUUCUCCUCGGUGCCGCUGUCCCUGCCGCCCAGCACGCAGCGACUCUUCCUCCAGAACAACCUCAUCCGCACUCUGCGGCCCGGCACCUUCGGGCCCAACCUGCUCACCCUGUGGCUCUUCUCCAACAACCUCUCCACCAUCUACCCGGGCACCUUCCGCCACCUGCAGGCCCUGGAGGAGCUGGACCUCGGUGACAACCGGCACCUGCGCUCCCUGGAGCCUGACACCUUCCAGGGCCUGGAGCGGCUGCAGUCGCUGCAUCUGUACCGCUGCCAGCUCAGCAGCCUGCCCGGGAACAUCUUCCGCGGCCUGGUCAGCCUGCAGUACCUCUACCUCCAGGAGAACAGCCUGCUCCACCUCCAGGAUGACCUGUUCGCGGACCUGGCCAACCUGAGCCACCUCUUCCUCCACGGCAACCGCCUGCGGCUGCUCACAGAGCACGUGUUCCGCGGCCUGGGCAGCCUGGACCGGCUGCUCCUGCACGGGAACCGGCUGCAGGGCGUGCACCGCGCGGCCUUCCGCGGCCUCAGCCGCCUCACCAUCCUCUACCUGUUCAACAACAGCCUGGCCUCGCUGCCGGGCGAGGCGCUCGCCGACCUGCCGGCGCUCGAGUUCCUGCGGCUCAACGCCAACCCCUGGGCGUGCGACUGCCGCGCGCGGCCGCUCUGGGCCUGGUUCCAGCGCGCGCGCGUGUCCAGCUCCGACGUGACCUGCGCCACGCCCCCGGAGCGCCAGGGCCGAGACCUGCGCGCGCUGCGCGAGGCCGACUUCCAGGCGUGUCCGCCCGCCGCGCCCACGCGGCCCGGCAGCCGCGCCCGCGGCAACAGCUCCUCCAACCACCUGUACGGGGUGGCCGAGGCCGGGGCGCCCCCCGCCGACCCCUCCACGCUCUACCGAGACCUGCCCGCCGAGGACUCGCGGGGCCGCCAGGGCGGAGACGCGCCCACCGAGGACGACUACUGGGUGGGCUACGGGGGCGAGGACCAGCGCGGGGAGCAGACGUGCCCCGGGGCUGCUUGCCAGGCGCCCCCGGACUCCCGCGGCCCCGCGCUGGCGGCCGGGCUCCCCAGCCCCCUGCUUUGCCUCUUGCUGCUGGCGCCCCAUCACCUCUGACUGCGGUGCUGAGACUGAAGAGGCCGGGGUUCAGGCCCCUCCCCCCGAGCCGCGGCCCGGACCCCGUCCCUGCCCACCCCACCCCGCCAGGCCCUGCCGCCUUCCGGUCCCCUCGCGGCUCCCCGCCUCCUCUGGACCAGGCUGUCGCUCCUGGCCUUCUGGCUGCUCUGACUGUGGCAGGGUGUGUGGCGGCUCAGCCCUGUUCGCCCUAAUUCUAGCCAUUAACUCUUCUUYCCCAUCCCGAGGCUGGGGUGGGGCACCCCAGGCAGCCGCUGGCCGCCCUCUCCGGGGCCCGCAGUGGACUCGAGAGGGGCUUUUGUCCGCAGAGCAUCUUCCACCAGCAGAGCCUUUGGAAGCUCCCCCAGGGGAGCCCCACCCAGCACCCUUCGGAGGGAUGCCUCAGUGCGGGCCCCUGCUGAUCCUCGUCCCCUCGACCUCCUGACACUGGGGGAACACUUUCUCCUAAGUCUACCCUGGACAAUUUUUAGGGCGCCUGGGGAGAGCUUUCCUCUCCACCAUGGCCCCUGUGUGGUGAAGAUCAAAAGAAGUUGUUUGGGAAAAAAAAAUUUAUUAAAAAAUUCUAUUAUUUUAUCU